UGAAUCAAAUUUUAAGGCAAUCGUGAGAAAGAUAGCUUUUGUUCGACAGCAAAAAAAAAGCAACUGUUAAAAAUUUUUUGUGAUUAAUGAGAAAUGAAACAAGAACAAGUAAUUUCGUCAAUAUCGUCGUCAUCGUUUAGUAUGUCCAACCCAAAUGUGGAGGGUAAUGGUUCUGGGGACACUACAUCGUCACCAAAACCCAAAUUAACCGAAAACACCCUUCUAAGUCCCGUCAACAAACAAACGUAUUUCGCCGAUGAAAAAAUCCAAAUUCCCGAAACUGGAUCGACGGGAUUCAGUUUCAGGAAAUUAUGGGCCUUCACGGGACCCGGAUUUCUUAUGUCCAUAGCCUAUCUGGAUCCGGGUAAUAUAGAAAGUGACUUACAGAGCGGUACUGUAGCCCAAUAUCGUCUAUUAUGGGUACUUUUAAGUGCUACAAUAUUAGGUCUUGUCAUGCAGCGAUUAGCAGCACGAUUAGGUGUUGUGUCUGGGUUACAUUUAGCCGAAAUGUGCUACAGGCAGUAUCGUAAGGUUCCUAGACUAUUAUUAUGGAUUAUGGUGGAAAUUGCCAUUAUAGGGUCCGACAUGCAAGAAGUUAUAGGCACAGCCAUCGCAUUAUAUUUAUUAUCUAAUAAAACCAUUCCAUUAUGGGGCGGUGUUCUUAUCACAAUAAUUGACACUUUCACGUUUUUAUUCCUCGACAAGUAUGGUUUACGUAAAUUAGAGCUAUUUUUCGGACUUCUUAUCGGCGUAAUGGCGGUCACAUUCGGCUAUGAAUACAUAAUUUCAACUCCAGACCAAUUGCUAGUCAUGAAGGGUAUGUUUUUCCCCUGGUGUCAGGACUGUGAUUCCUCUGCACUAUUACAGGCUGUCGGAAUAGUAGGCGCAGUUAUAAUGCCACAUAACCUCUAUCUUCAUUCCGCUUUGGUAAAAUCACGUGAAAUUGACAGAAGGAAACCGGAAAAAGUGAAAGAAGCAAACAUGUACUUUUUUGUUGAAUCGAUUAUAGCUCUUUUCGUUAGUUUUAUUAUUAAUGUUUUUGUUGUCGCCGUUUUCGCUCACGGACUGUACAGGACCGAAAAUUCCGAAAUUAGGCAAGCUUGUGAGAGUCAUCCCUACAUAAAUGGUACAAUUUUUCCGGAUAACAACGAAUAUGUAAGUGCAGAUUUAUAUAAGGGUGGUAUAUUCCUCGGUUGCACGUAUGGCAUUGCAGCGAUGUAUAUUUGGGCACUUGGGAUUUUGGCAGCUGGUCAGAGUUCAACUAUGACUGGCACCUACGCGGGUCAGUUUACCAUGGAGGGCUUCCUCAAUUUGCAAUGGGCAAGAUGGAAGAGAGUACUUUUUACCAGAACCAUCGCCAUAAUACCGACAUUCUGUCUGGCAUUCUUCAGUCAAAUAGAAGACCUGACAGGCAUGAAUGACGUCCUCAACGCCGUCAUGAGUCUUCAAUUGCCCUUCGCAACAAUUCCGACCAUCGCAUUUACCAGUAAUCCCCAGAUCAUGGGAGAACUGUUCGUUAAUGGAUGGGGCAACAAGGUGGUGGCGACCCUGUUAAGUCUGGUUGUGAUUAGCAUAAACACAUAUUUCGUCAUCGAAACGGUCAACGACCUUCAGUUGAGCUGGUUUUGGUUAAUGAUCGUAAUUUUGAUUGGGAUCCUCUAUCUCAUAUUUUGCGUUUAUCUGGUCAUACACAUGAUCGUUUCAAUGGGGUACACCACCAUUGCAAAGUACAAAUUCGUGAACAAAUAUGUCAUUGGACCCGUCGAUUCGAAAUUGGCUUCCAACACCACCGCUUAUUCGAGAUGACCCACUAUAGGCUACGUGCUGGGCAUGAAUUUGUCCUAAUUGAGUAUACGAAGAGUCCUGAAGUGUCCCACCCUGUUAAGAAAAACAGCCAACAACAAACAACUUAACAUGAUACAAAAUCAGAACAUUACAUCAUUCGAAAAAUUUUUGCAUUAAUGAUCACAUUUGUUCAAACGCCCUGUACAGCAAAUAAUCAUAUUAACCGUAAUUAACAACAUGCCUUGAGCUAAAACUGGCGAAGCUAUUAGUGUAACAUUUGACGUCACAAAUUGCCGGAGUGCAUAGGCUCGAACAAUAGCAUUGCUAAGGGAAGGUAACUUUUUACAGAUUUUAUUGUUAAAAAAUGCUCAACUAAUUGCUAAAUCGAGUAAAUGAACAUGUGCUCAAAUGUAUCACAUCAAGAAAUAUACAAUUUACUUUUUGGAAUGGAUAUUCACUUUUUUAAUUGAUUUUUACUAAUACGGUUAAUAAUUGGAGAAUUAUUCUGCUACGCCUGUGGUUUUUGCCCACAAAUAUAGCGUCAUCAAUGAUAGUGAAUGGUUGCUUCGUGUUCGUACUAUGGGUGAUUCUAGGCGGGCAUGGCUCCUUUUUUGAUUUCUUUAAAAUCUAUGAAUUACAUUUUGAUUGUUCACAUUUUGAAAAGAGGUUUUUCGAUUCAAUUAUACUGCAAACCGAUGAAUUGAUAAAACUUACAAUACUUUUAUGAAGAUAGUAGAAAAAAUGUUAGGUAUUAAAUAUCUGUAAGAUUCAUCUACAUACUUUUCAAAAGCGUAUAUCUUAAUGUUUGGAUAAUGGCACUAUUCGCAAUCUAAAGGAAUACUUAACCGAUCCUAGAAAGAAAAAAUACAAACUUAAAUUAUCAUCACUCUAAAUUUUUAUUAUUUAAGAAGUCAACAUAGGUCAGUUCACUCCGUUCAUUCAACAUAUUCACAGAAACAAAAUCAUAUUUAACAUAUUUUAAUGUUAAUGUGCAUUGAAAGGUGAGGCGCCGGCCUAUUUACUAAUAACUAUCAAACCAUGCCUUGAGUUAAAAGUAGCGAAGCCAUAAUUAGUUUGUCGUGACGUCACAAAAUGUCAAAGUACAUAGGCUGGAACCAGUUUAUACUUAAGGAGAGCUAGUUAUUUUACACAUUUAAUUGUUAAAAAGUGCUUAAGUAACUGUUCAAUGAAGUAAAUUAGCAUGUAAUUAAAUCUACCAUAUUAUAACA